AGCGACUCCUAAGACUGGUUAGAAGAACGCCUUACUCUAACAGUUCACUCCGCACUGGCUGGGCUGAUAUUUCCUCCAACAUAACGGUGGAAAGGGGCUCUGCAGAGAAAUUGAUUUAUUGGUCCAAACGUCAGUCAGACUUAGACCCGUUUAAUCAACAGCAGAGCAAAGCAAUGGCAUCUGUCAAGAGAAAGGGAAUCCUCGAGCGCUUGGAGGCGGGAGAAGUUAUUAUCGGUGAUGGCGGCUACACCAUGCAGCUCGAGCGCAGGGGUUACGUGAAGGCGGGACACUGGACACCGGAGGCCGCGGUUGAGCACCCUGAAGCAGUAAGGCAGCUUCACCGGGAGUUCCUGCGGGCAGGGGCUGACGUAAUGCAGACGUACACCUUCUACUCUUCUGAUGAUAAGCUCGACCUGAGCGGGAACGCCCCCAACGUCACAUGUCAGCAAAUCAACGAGGCGGGCUGUGACCUCGCCCGUGAGGUAGCCAAUGAGGGGGGAGCGCUGGUGUUGGCCGGUGUGUCCCAGACGCCCAUCUACAGGGACCACAGCAGUGAGGCUCAGGUCAAGGCCAUCGUCAAGAAGCAACUGGACGUGUUCCUCAGGAAGGAUGUGGACUUCCUCAUCGCUGAGUACUUUGCGAGCGUGGAGGAGGCAGUGUGGGCCGUGGAGGUGCUGGUGACCAGUGGGAAGCCCGUGGCGUCCACUCUGUGCAUCGCCCCCACGGGGGACCACGCUGGAGUCAGCCCUGCAGAGUGCGCCGUCCGACUGGUCAAGGCAGGUGCCCAGAUGGUGGGGGUGAACUGCCACGUGGACACCACGCAGUGCCUGCAGACGGUGAAGCUGAUGAAGGGGGGUCUGGACGCGGCCGGCCUCAAGGCGCACCUCAUGAUCCAGCCGCUCGGCUUCCACUGCCCAGAUGCCGCCGCUGCGGGCUACAUCGGCCUGCCCGAGUUCCCCUUCGCGCUGGAGUCCAGAGUGGUCAACCGCUGGGACGUGCACAAGUACGCGCGUGAGGCGUACAACGCGGGCAUCCGCUACAUCGGCGGCUGCUGCGGGUUCGAGGCGUACCACAUCCGCGCGAUAGCCGAGGAGCUGGCCCCCGAGAGAGGCGUCCUGCCCCCCGCCUCACAGAAGCACGGCCUCUGGGGCAGCGCCCUGGAGGGCAGCAGCAAGCCCUACGUCAAGGCCAGGGCCAGCCGUGCCCACUGGGAGACCCUAAAGCCCGCCUCUGGAAGACCCCUCUGCCCCUCACUGUCCAUUCCUGAUGCCUAAAGCCCGCCUCUGCCCCUCAUUGGCUAUUCCUGGUGCCUAAAGCCCGCCUCUGCCCCUCAUUGGCUAUUCCUGGUGCCUAAACUGAGCCCCUUAACUCAUUGAGUGCCAAAAACGUAAUUUUACAUUGUUAGCUUUUUUUUAAAUUACGAAACUAGACACUCUAACACACCUUAUAUGUGAUUUUGGGAACUCU